AUGGCUGUGGGCGGGGAGAACAAGAAGAAGGCGUCGGAGCCGGCUCCGCCGGAGGCGCCCUCCAUGAUGGAGCAGCUCGUGCCCGAGAUCACCACCCACGCGCUCAGCUACCUCGACUACACCAGCCUCUGCCGUCUCUCCAUGACCAACUCCGCCAUGCGCCGCGCGGCCAACGACGACGGCGCCUGGAAGUCACUGUACCACAAGGAUUUUACGGUGGAGCAGGGUACUAUAAAUCCUCCUAAUGGAUGGAAGGCAUACUAUGCAGCUACAAAAGCCAUCAUUAACCUUAAUGCAGAGUUCUACAAUAUCAUCAGGGAAGGGUCCUUGCCAGCAAUGAGCCGUUUUUGGCUUAAUGCAGAUUAUGUCAAGUGUAUUCAUGCAACUGGGGAGUUCUGCACUGGAUACAACGCAGUGAUGGAGAGCUGGGGCCUGCUAUUCAACUGGGGCCAAGAUGGAGGGCAGGGCAUUGCCUUCCAGAUAAGGGAUGUCCGUGUCCGUGUGCUCGAUGAGGUGGCAUGGGUCAACAUGAAGGCGAAUGUUGACGUUGACCCUGUGCUGUUCCAUGUGACCAACGUGUACGAGCUCUGGAACGGCAGGUGGUAUAUGGUCCAUCACCACAGCUCGCUCAUGGCUGACCCUGCUCCGCAUAAUAUGUUUGGUUGA